AUGCCUGGUCUCUGGUCAGAAGAUAAUCUUCCAACACCUCUGGGUAUGCUCAACAUCAUCCAGGCUGUUUGCGCCUAUCCCGCUAUCGCUUCCAACAAAGCCCUCGUUAAUGGUACCCCAAAUGGUGUUGUCUUUGAGGAAAGUCACUUGAAGACUCUCGCAAAUGGUAUUGCUUCCACGGGAGACAAGGAAAAUCGCUUGGAGAUCACAAAUGGUUUUGCAUCUACGAAAGACUACCAGACUACAAAUGGUGUUUCCUCUGAGGAAAAUCACCUGGAGACCCUCGUAAAUGGUAUCACCUUCACGGGAGACGCUCCUUCAAAUGGCCAUAUUAUCUCUAAGGAAAGCUCCCUCGUAUCAAACUGCAACGGUCAUUCCAACAACCACUCGAAUCCUACAUCCUCCAUCGCCUCGGCUUCCGCCUCCUCCAUAUCAAUCACCAGUAUCUCCGAUACGCCACCAAACGUCCCAAACCCCACAUUUCACAAACUCCAAAAUCUUAUCGUCGGCCUCAACUUCUACAACUUCUACUCCCACGACCAUCCCUAUUUCCCUCUACCUCCGCUCGGCGCAACCGAUUACACCCUCUCUAUCCAACCCAUCUAUCCCCAAUCUCUGAACUCUGACCCAUUAUCACCAGGAUACUACCAUCAUCUCCUCCGACUCACACGCCUCCACUACGCAUCUUCAACUACUACCCUCCGCACAGUCGCACUCGGUCGAAUCCUCUAUCUCGAAAAGCCAACAUAUUGGAUCGUAGUCAUGGACAUCCAGCACGGCAAUCUCUACGCGUUGCGCUCGGAUACUGUCGCACUAGAAGAGUUGUUGGUCGAAAGUGACGACCAGCGUGACAACAUAGACUGGAAGACCAUCCCUGCAGCCGAGCUCCCGGAAUUUGAUAACAAGUCAUGGAAGGCUGUUUUGCUUGGCGAUACUACGAUUCUUGACGGCAAUCGCAUUGUAGGUGGUGAUACUGCGAAGGGUGGAUAUCAGGCCUUGAUAGUUGAGGACUGGGAUAGUGUUACCGUUGAUGGUCGAGUGUAA